AUGUACAAAGCCCCCAAGCUAGUGCCGUGUGUCGUAGAUAGGUGAUUUGAACCAUAGUCCCCGCGAGAGUCAACGUCAUCGCUGGGGCUUACGACGCUUUAAACUACGAAGAACACGCAAUCAAUCCGGGGAAGGGCCCCCUCCUGGUUCGGAAACAAACCCUGAACCCUACAAACCUCGCGUGAGCGGCCCUUCGCAAUAGAUCUCGACGAUGCAGAGGCAGGGAGCAUCAUAGGAUGCGACAGGCUGCUGUGCUCGCCGCAGGGUAUGCCCCGUCCCCGAUCGGAGCCCAACCUCGCUGCCGCUGCCGCUGCUGCCGACGAGAUUGACUACUACCUGGUGCGACGGGCGGGGGGAUGCUGGUGCGUCGUGAUGGAUCUAUGACACGCUUGCUCUGUGUGUGUGCAGGCCAAUCUGUUCAGCGAGGCUUGACGAUGACAGGUCGGGGGAGAGAGACGACUCAGACGAGCACGUGUUUGGUUCACUGCAGCUGCGUGCAUUCGUGUGUGUGGUGUCUUCGUGUCUGCCUGUCUGCCUGUCUGUGUGUUUCCAGGGAGACCAGGAGCGAGCCUGACAAUGAGGUGCCAUCGGUACGUAGAUUGAGACGACUCGAUAGCGACAUGCACUCACUGACGUGGUUGUCCACGAGUACGCGGCUGAUGCUGCAGAACGCGCGAGGUGCUCAAGAACAGCAAGGUGCAGAAAUGGGGUUCGCCAAGAUCGCCAUCGAGCAGGGCGUCACCAUCGUGCCCACAUGCUCGGUCGGCACCGAAGACAUGCUCGAGAUACUCAAGGUGCGUUCGCGUGCUCGUGCGUUUGUGUGACUGCAUCGGUACGUAUGUGUGUGGGCGUGUGUCGGUAUGUUAGGAUGUGCUUAUCGACUGGCUGAUUGGCAAGUCCAGCCUGACGGCGCCCAUCAUCAAGUACCCCACGCGAAAACCGAGCGAGUCUACUUCUGGUCAGACAGGAACACACAGACGGACACCUGGGCCGAGGGAAAAAUCCACUCUGCACCUCCUCUCUGUCGCGUGUGUGUGGGGUGUGUGUGUCAGAUUCGGCGAUCCCGUCAUCACGGCUGAGGAGAAGAAGCAGCUCGAUGCAGUCGCAGGGACCGACGCAUCUGACGCCGUAAGCACCCCCACAACCACACUGGCGUCAGUCAGCACGGCCCAUAUCUUGUCGUGUUGUGUGCUGCCGUCUUGUGUGAGUGUGCAAAAGCUGCAGGAGCUGGCUGCAAAUCAGACGACCCCCACGCCGAGACCAGCCGGCCUCUGACACGCGUCUCGUUUGUGCGUCUGAGUGUAGGCGUCAAGGAGCUUCAGCAGCGGCAGGCGGACGACGCCGGGCGGAUGCUCCCCGACCGCGUCAAGUGCACCGCCGAGGCCACUAAGGCCGCCAUCACCGACCAGGCGGACGAGCAGGAGACGCAGCCCGAGAGUGUGCAGGACAUGGGCGACGAUGGGAAGGACGGCUGCACGGGGGAAGAAGAGGGCUCGCGAGUCAGAAGGCGAUGUGAGCAAGCGGUUUUUGGCCAUUAUCAGUGUUUUUGGUCGUUCGAAGUCAUGUGUUUCGUGGGUUUCUGAUAUCCGUGCUGUAUGGCUGGUGGGUGGGUGGGCAGAGUGUGUCAGGCAGGAGCGUUGUUGCCCGGUAAAUGGGCAGCAUCCACCCAUCUGUGUCUGGCCGCUUACUGUAGCGUCUAUCUACCCCGUGGCCCUCUUUUCUCCUAUUCAUACUAGCUGCUUUUUUAGUGUGGUUGAAAGGAAUCACAAACAGACAGACAGACAGACACCCAGACAGACAGCCAGACAGACAAACGGUUGACUCAGCGCAGCCGGACACGUCACGUCUUCUCGGGUCUGCUGCUAGGUCGGUUUAUUGAUGGAUAGGUAGCAAACACAUGAGCCGUCUCGUCCUUCCUUGUUUCCCUCCUUCUCACACGCAUCUGUGCGGUUCCUGUCUCUGUUCUUUGCUGCCGCGUCGGAUGACUCGAUUGACUCGACUCCUGUGCAGAGAGGGCGCUUCGCAGGAGACGGGUCGGUUGUGUCGUACAGUGCAGCAGCAGAGGACGAGAACUACGCUGGCAUGACGACAAAUGGAUUUUGAUUACAGUGGAGUUGUUGAUCUCUCAUGUUGUUGCUGCCAGUCGCAGUGGCUGGCUCUUUUUACUAUUGGGUCCCUAUGUUUUUCUUGACCU